AUGGGUCGAACAGGAGCCAAGGUCAAGAAGGGUGGCCUGGGUAAUGCCCUCAUCCGAACACAGUCAAAGACAUCGUCUAUCAGUACAAGAGAUGUGGCGUCCAGUGCUGGUAAGCACGUAUCUGAACGCGACGGUGGUGAUGCAACGGUUGCCCUUGCUUCGUACCUUGAAGGUUCUUCCUUGGACGACUUCCUCGCUAGUGCUGUGCUUGCCAAUCGUGAAUUCACAGCCGUGAAAGAAAGCAUCUUACUUAUCGACGGGGCGGAUGCGGGUCCGCAAGUAGUUGAAAAAGAUUCAAAUGUGAUACCAGAGAUGACAUUUGCGGAGAUGAAGGUGCCUCGUCGUCCCCAGUGGGACAAGUCGACCACAGCUGAAGAGCUUAAUCGUCUGGAAAAGGAGACAUUUAUGGAAUGGCGUCGCAAUAUCGCCAUGCUGGAAGCAUCUUCCGAUCAUCAAGAGGUAACCCCUUUUGAAAAAAAUCUGGAAGUGUGGCGUCAGCUGUGGCACGUUCGCGAGCGAAGUGAUGUCAUAGUACAGAUUGUGGAUGCUCGCAACCCACUCUUUUACCGUUCGACAGACUUAGAUGCUUACGCAAAGGAAGGUGAGAUGCCUCGGCGUACACUGUUGAUCGUGAAUAAGUCAGACUUUUUAAAUGAGCCUCAACGAAUCGCAUGGGGAGACUAUUUUACGAAGGAAAAUAUUGAAUUUGUUUUUUUUUCGGCUAAGGAAGCCCAGAAUGAGAUCGAUAAAGAGGCGAGAAAGCUGCGUCAGGAACAAGGAGAUGUUAGAAAUUGCGACCAGUUCGAUAACACUGAGCGUGCGGAUGCCCCACACACUACGAUAAAAAGAGAUGUGGCUGAUAGCAAAGGUUCCAAGAAGUACCCAGAGCUUUCUCGCGUUGAACUGCUUGAAUACUUUACGAAUAUCGCCAGGGUAGUGUUACAUGAGGUAGGCGUGCGAGUGAAGGAUAAAGGUCUUAUCAAAUUCGGACUGGUGGGCUUUCCUAACGUUGGAAAAAGCUCAGUGAUCAAUGCGCUGCUGGGUGCGUCCACCUACUUGCACAAGACGCAGCGUGUUGCAGUAGGGGCAACUCCUGGCAAAACCAAGCAUUUUCAGACAAUGAUACUGUCAGACCAGAUCAUGCUGUGUGAUUGUCCAGGUCUCGUGUUUCCAAGCUUUGUGAACUCAAAAGCUGAAAUGUAUUGCUGCGGUGUACUCCCCAUCUCGCAAUUACGCGACCAUAUUUCCCCAUGCCAGCUCUUAUGCCGUCGAAUACCAAAGCAAAUAUUUGAGCGAACGUACGGAAUCAAAAUAGUUGUUUCACGAACGGCGAAGGAUACCGAUCCGGUUGGCAUUUAUGCACUUCUGGAGGCCUACGCCCGCAAUCGUGGUUACACAACAACCGGUAAGGGUGGCCCCGAUACGUCCCGUGCAGCCCGCGACAUCUUGCGGCACUACGUGAAUGGUCGACUUUUGUAUUGUCAUCCUCCGCCGGACGUCUCAGAUCCCGCCAUCUUUGACAUCCACGAGCUUGCCAAAAAUCAGUUUCCUGACUUUCAGCAUCAACAAGAUCCAGAGAUUACUAUAGAUAACAGAACCAAGAAACUCGUAUCAUCGUUGGACGUGGAGCAGGACUUUGACACUACUGUUGAAGACAAGCGCGCGCUGAGCAAGCGUCUGAAGAAUCAUGGCCGUAAAGGACGCAAGGGUCGUGACAAGAAUCCAUAUGAAGACUCAGACUUUCCGAACGGCAGUGUUGGUGUCCACAUAAAUCUGGGUGGCAAGAAGAAAAAUCGCAGACCGUAA